AUUAAGGCCUGUACAGGAUUUUGCAGUUUCCCGGUAGUACACAUUUCAAUGAAGUCAGACUGAAUCAUCAUUUCACAAAGCAGCAGGGUGAGCCAUGGACGACGAAUCGUACUACUCCGAUGGAUUUCUCCGGGAAAGUGUUGUCGUGCACAACACCACGGAGAUCCCGCCGGAGUUCGAAUUCAGCGACUACAACCAGCGAGUGGUGGUGGCCGUCCUGUACCUGAUCGCUUCCGUUCUGGGAAUCAUUGGCAACUCGCUGGUCAUUUUCGCCGUGAUUUUGUCUAGGAAGCUCCGUACUACCACCAACGCGUUCGUAGUGAAUCUGAGCGUAGCGGACUUGUUGACGUCACUGGUGAUCCCAUGGGAUGCCGUAGAAUUGCUGGGUAAGGACGGCCAACCGAUCAAUGCGUGGAUUUGCAGCGUAGUCGCCGUCUUGCAGUACACGACGGUGGGCUGCAGCAUGUACACCCUAGCAUCCGUAGGACUGAACCGCUUGCUGCUGAUCACGCGUCCGGCCACCGUCUAUCGAAUCAUUGACACGCCGCGGAAGAUUACCGUGUGGCUGGUAGUCACGUGGCUGGUCCCUCUCCUUAUCGUACUCGUACCGCCACUUAUGGACAUUGGUGGUGUCGGGUACAACCGAAAAUACCACAACUGUGGGUCUAAGUCUUAUCAUCCGCGCUCAGACACCUAUGAUGUCAUCAUAGCAGGAGUCUUGUACCCCAUCCCUCUCAUCACAAUCAUCGUCUGCUACGCUCUCAUCUGGAGACAUCUCAAUCGCCACGCUAAGAAGAUGCUCAGCGCCCCUGAGGACCCUGGCCAAACAUUAAACAACUGUUCCUCAUCAGCCCCUGCCACAUUGUCAGUCUCCGUGAUCCGUUCACCGUCUGCUCCCCGACAGCUGAACCGGGCGCCUACCCGCAGCCAGGGUACCGUCAUCAGCCGCUCCCGGAUGAACCGCCGUCAGUACGAGAUCACCAGGAACAUGCUGUACGUGGUCUGUGCCUUCUUGCUCUGCCUUACUCCGUUUGCCAUCUGCCUGUUCUACGACAACAGCGACCCGUUCCUACCCUACGCCUCUGCGAUCCUGGUCUUCAACAUUUGCGUGAAUCCGCUCAUCUACGCCACCAAACACCGCGACUUCAAGACUGUCUUCCGUUGCAUCCUGCGCCGCAAGUGGGAGGACAUCCCAGAACCCUCGGAUGUGCUUAAGACUCUGAGACAAAUGAAAUGUCGAAGCUGCUGGACCAAUAUGCGAAAAUAAUGACUUCACUUCCAACAGACGAGCUUUGAUACAACACCAAGACGAGCUGUGAUGCAACACCAAUGACAUUUCAAUUAUUAUUUUUUUCGAAACUAAGGCCUACCUGAACACGAAAUUACAUUGCAUUCACAUUACGUUGGUGAGGGGCAAGACAUUAUGCCACAUCAUUAUUGAGUUAGUGAUUAUGCUGUCGGUUUACAUAACAAGUUAAGCACAAAGGGACGGAGUGUACUUAAAAAAACCCAGAAUUGCAGAAUCCGUUUUUUUGUCUUACGACUUUUAUACCUCUUAGUCUUCUUCGUAUUUGUUUCAGUUAGUGGAUCUGAAACUUGUAAACGCGAUCAACGAAUAUACUUGUAUUGUUUAGAUUGUGCAAACCUAGGCUGUUCGGAAGUAAUUAGCAAUUUCAGAACAAUAAAACAUAUCAAUUGUUAUUAAAUUAGUGUCAUAAACGAAGUGGCGGACACCAAGGUUUAAUUUCAGAAGUCUCUAGGACUAAAGAUAGAAAUAAUAUAGGAAUUAGACCCGAAAGGCCUUGCACAAAACCACGCGUCCCGCGCUCACGUAAUUUCAUGUUGGCCAACAAUAUUGGAAUAUGCCGUUUUAAGAAUAAGUUGGCUCAAGUUGCAAGAUGUGAGUUUUGAGAUUUUAAGAUUAUAAAGAAAUUUAGCAACGGAGCUGACUUUUGUACGCAUACCGUUUAUACAUUUAACGACAGAACUCAUAGUGGGCAGAUAGGGGAAAUAUUUGGGGGAAUUGUGCCUUUGAUGAUACAAGCAUGGCAUUUGGCGCACAGUGAGAGAAUGCCGUAAGAAAGAUAUUUGGCUAAAGGGCCAUCGCAGGUUUGUCCUUUGAAAAAAUAUACAGGUAGAAUAACAAGACAUUUUCAAUUUUUUUCAAAAUGGAUUGCUUGUUAUUCUGCGAUGGCUCUAUAGCCAGAUAUCUUUCUCAUGACAUAUUCUGACUGUGUGCCAAAUUCCAUGCUUGUAUCGUCAUUCGUCAAAGCACAAUCCCAUCACCUAUCUGCCGUACUAUCAUCUGUGCUUCUUGAAAAUAGAGUUAUUAAAACAAAACUUUACAUUGAAUGUU